AAUCGUGCUGCCGCUGAAAGCAUUAUGAAAAUUGAGCCAUAUUUUGUAUUGUUUCUUGACUGCUCAGAAGAGGAGAUGAAAAGACGUCUUUUAAAUAGAAACCAGGGAAGAGUUGAUGAUAAUAUUAACACAAUACAGAAGCGUCUUAAAGUCUACUUUGAAUGCACACUUCCUGUAAUCAAUUAUUACAGCGCCAAGGGCAAGGUUCGAAAGAUUGAUGCUGAAAGGUCUCCUGAAGAGGUAUUUGAGGCAAUCAAGGACGUAUUCUUUGAGCUGAAAGAGAAGCAUGGGGAGACCGCGGACGCCCGUAGUUUAUCAAGAUAAUAUUGUACUAGUUUGAAGUUUCCUUGAGAUAAUCUAUCACGAUAACCUCUUUAUUUUUGGAACACAAAAUGAAUUUCAAAGAGGGAUCCUCUAGGAAUUCAAAGAGAUCGAUUAUCAUACAAUAUCCGAAGAGCUACAAAAUGAGGAACAUGAUUAAACCAAACA